AUGGCUUCCACCAAGGUGUCUACGACCAUUACAUUCCGGUCACCCGGCACUCAGCCGCCACUCUUCAUUGCUGGUUCUUUCUCUGAGCCAGAAUGGCAACCCCAGGAGAUGGUCUGCACCACUGGUGCUGACGGAGAGCAUGUCUUCACCAAGGAAAUCUCGGGCGAACCCGGAUCCAAGGUGGUCUACAAGUUCCGCAUCGGCUUGGGCGAUUGGUGGGUCCUUGACGAAGGCGCGCCUACCGUCACGGACAGUUCUGGUUUCAGAAACAACGAGUUGGAGUUCCAACACCCGCCAAAGGAGGAACCCAAGCCCGACCUCCCCACGGACGAGGCGACCUCAGAGGAGAAUGCGCCUCAGACAAAUGGAACUACCCAACAUCAUGCGGAUGCUUCGGAGAUCAAGGACGCUUUGAAGGCGGAGACUGCUCCCGAGGUUGAAGCUCCCCAAGAAACCGACACUGCUACAAAAGUUACCGUGGUCUCCGAGACAAACAGUGACCCGCCGCACGAUGUUGUUCUCAAGGUUGAAGAUGAAUCCACUGUCGACAUCUCUGCCGCAAAAGAUACUUCCUCCAGUGAUGAUGUUGCCGUGAAGGACGACACUACGGCAAAAGACGAGACCACGUCGGAGGCUCACACUGAAACCAAGGCUGAAGCCCCUUCAACUACUGAGGCUACCUUGAAGGAUGAAGCUCUCUCAGAGCAAGAGGACAAGACCAAGACAAAAGAUUCCACGGAGAGCAACGUUGCGCCCGUUGAAACUUCAUCCACUGAGAUACCUUCCAAGGAGGAGGAGGCCACCCCAGAGGAGACCAAGGUCGAGACAGCAACCGGUGUUGAGGAGACCAGCUCGAAGCCUGAGGACUCUCAACAAAAUGAGGCGGUCCCGACGGAGGAGGUCCCCGCCCACGAGACUGCUCCAGAGGCCGAGUCGGCGCCCAAGGAGUCCCUUUCCACAGAGGAGGAAACCUCUGCCGAGCCUGCCGUUGAAAAGGAAGAGUCUAAGCCCGAGGAGACUACCAUUGUAGACGCUGAGCACAAGGAGGAAGCUGAGGUCGACGCGGAAUUACCCGUUGAGAAGACUGAUGUUCAGGAGGAGAGCACCUCGCAAGUCGAGACACGAGAGGAAGCCGCUCCAGCUGAGGAGGCUGUUUCCGCUGUUCCCGAGGCUGAGACCACCUCCGAGGCUGAGACAACCCUGAAGGAGGAUACUCUUGCCAAGGAAUCCGACUUGCAAGAGACCGCCGAGUCUAAGGAGGAGGUGAACGAGAGUGAAGACCACCUUUCAAAAAAUGAGACCGUAUCGAAGGAUGAGGCCUCUCUGGCGGAAGUGGAGAAGGAGGACCUCGCGCCCCUCACUCAUGAGGCUAAAGUUCAGGAGGACACCUUGAAGACCACCGAGGAACAGCCUUCGGAAGAGAAGCCUGCUGAGGAGGAGACUGUUCACAAAGACACGAGUCCGGAAAAGGCCCCCGAAGAGAAGGCCACCAAAGAGACUUCGGAAGAGCCUGCCCACGAGGACGAUACCAGAGACAAGGCCACCCAGGAGGAAACCGCUCACCAAGAUACCCAAACCGACGAUGAGGUCACUCAACAGACUACUCAGGAAGAGAUCACCCAACAGACAACCCCUGAGGAAUCUACUCAGCAGACGACCCAAGAGGAUGUCACUGAGGAUGCCCCUGAAGUUGCUGCUACCAAGGACGAAGUCGACGUGAAGGCUGACACCACUCCUCACGAGACCGAUCUCAAGGACGAGACUCAUCCAAUGGAGGCGUCCAAGGAGGAGGAGCCCACUCAGAAGGAGGAUGCGGAGGAACAUGCCGUUGAUGAGACUGCUCAAGAGGAACAGCCUACCAAGGAAUCUGCUCCCGAGCAGACAACAGCAACCGGUGAGGCCACUUCAGAGGAGGUUGCGCCGGAGAAGGCUGAUGAGGAUGAGACUCAUGCCAAGACCUACGCAGCUGUGGCUCACGAAGCUCUAGAAGCCGAGACUUCUCCAGAGGUUACUGAGGCUGCUCCGGAAGCUGAGGCUCCUCAGGCCGAGGAGACUGCUCCGGCGACCGAAGCUGCUCCUGCUGAAGAGACUUCUCCUGCUGUCGAUGUUGCUCCCGUUGAGAAGGCCGCCCCAGUCGAGGACGACGCUCCGGUUGAGAAGGCUACUUCUCCAUCUGAGGAGAAUGCUUCCGUCGAUGCAACCAACUCUGCUGAAGAAGCUGCUCCCUCUGAGAUCCCUGCUGAUGUCGUCGAAGAAGCCGCUCUUGCUGCCGAGGCUACCCCCGCCGAAGAGACUACUCCUGUCACUGAGGCUACCCAUGUUGAGGAGGCUGCGCCUGUUGAGGAGUCUACUCAUGCCUCUGAGGAUGCUCCUGUCAAGGAGGCUCCUCUGGAGGCCGCCCCUGUCUCUGAAGAGCUCCCUGCUGAAAAGGCCGCUUCUACCGAAGAAACUGCUCCUGCUCUCGAUGCUGCCCCUGCUGAGACCGCUGCAGUUGAGGAGGUAACUCCCGCCAAGGAGGCUGAACCCGUCCAGGCUACCUAUGCUGAGGUCGCCCAGGCGACCGAUGCUGAGGAGCCCGCCCAUGCUGAGAAGACUGAGCCUGUCGAGGAGACUACUGUUGAUGAGACUGCACCUACUGAAGAGGCCGCUACUGUAGAAGAGGAGGCGGCCAACAUGCCUGCUGAGCAGUCCGAGCCUGUCGCUAAUGCGGCCAAGGAGAUCCUUGCCCGCUCCGAACCUGUUACCGAGUCGCAGUCUGGUGCUGCCACGCCAAACUUUGCCAGGACUGCGGCGGAAGUCGCUGAUUCUGCUGCACUCCUUGACGAAGGAACACCUGAGGAUCGUGUCUCCGAUGAAGAGGCCGGAAAGACUGGUUUCCGUCGCCUGUCUGCCACGCCCAUUACCGAAGUUGCGGACACUGCUGCGGAAGUCGCUGAUAGCGCGAAAUAUCUGGACACUGAGGCCACGGAGACUGACAAGUCUGAAAUUCCUACACCCGCCGAGGACGGCUCCCAUAAUCCAGCUCUGUUCUCACAUGAGUGCGCCGGUAUGUACGGCGAAGAACCUUCGAUCACGAUUGUAUCCGAGGACAUGGACAAGGACAACGAGAUCCGAAAGGAAAUACCGCUUGACGAGGAGAAUAUCGAUAUUAACGAUCCCACCCUAGAACGCUUCCCAUCCAACCGCGACGAGAUCAUCGAUACUGUUCGGAAGCUUGAGACUGGUCUCGAGGAGGACCAGGUUAUUAUCGAGGACGCCCCAUCACCUAUCAUCGGCUCUUCCAAUUCACGAAGGGAAUCGGAAGUGUCUCACGACGCCGCUCUCGGAGCAAGCGUAAUUCCCCGCGCCGCGAAGAGGUUAGAAGUCCCCCAUUCACCUCGCGUCUCCGUCAGCUCGGCUCAGUCGUCGGCCUUGUCGCUGCAAUCGAUUUCUGAGAGCGAUGAGCCGACCAACAGCAAAGAAGAGGAAACCUCAGCGGUUCAGCUUUCGCCUCCCCACAAGACCGCGGCGUCAAACGAAACUACACCUAGGGAGGCUACACCUCGGGCGGUUGUUGAGGAUGAAGGAAUCUCUCUAAGCCCUGACUCGCCGAAGAAGACAGAGCACACCGAAGAUCUGACCACCAAGACGCUGGAGCCUCAAGCACUUGAUAUCCCUGAAGUCUCAGCACAUACUGUCUCGGUCGAGGCGCCUGUUGAACCUAUCGCCCAGGAAGAACAAGCAUCCAAGGACUCCAAGCCCACGAACGGCCUCCUUCCCAGCCCAGAGGUUGUCGCGGAAACCACCGAACGCUCGAAGCCAUCUCAACCCGAUGCUCAACAGAGCACCGAUGAGCCCGUUGCCGCCUCAGAUGCUACCGGUGCUGAUGUCCGUAGCGAGGCCGAGGUAUCGGCGACAGCAACAGGCGCAGACACUGACAACGCCAACACGGUCAGAAAGAGAGGUGGACAGGGAACACAGGCCAGCUCGCCGCCGCCCAGCGAUGCUCCAGUCAUCAAGCAGGACCCCAAGAGCGGAUGGUUCACCACCUUCUGCAAGUUGAUCAUUGUGGACUUCAUCGGCGGUAUCCUGAGCCGAAUUGCGGGCAACCGCAAAAGACAGACGUAAGGCAUACACUGGGCUCAGACGAUAACCUUUCUUCAGAUUAUCGAUUGACUCUGUGUUGCUUUAGGCUGUUAGCAGCAGGCACCGCCGCCGUCGCCAUGGGG